AUGAAUCCACCACCACCUCCACCCACUACGGGUGAACCUACACCACCCUUUAUACUAUCUUCAACACAACCAUCACCAAAUACUACCACUCCUGCAUCCACACCAGAAAUCAAUCCAACCAACACUACCUUACCUGAGAACACACGGUCUGAAUACUCCUUCAGUUACAACCCUACAUCAUCCGCCGUUCCAGCUUAUUCAACAUUUUUCCCAACAUCCGGCCAACCAUCAUCAUCACAAAUACAACCACCUAACCUAUACCAAACCGGUCCAUCCAUUAUCCAUUCUACUCCAUUCCAACCAAGAGUGCAAUCUCAACAUACUUCGGGAGUAAGACAAGAUGGGUUCGAUGAUGAGUUUGAGGAUGACUUUGUGGGUUAUGAUGAAGAAGGAUACAUGUAUGGGGGUGAUGGAGAUCAAGGGGAGUAUGCCUAUGUUCAAAGUCAAAAUCAAAGGAUGUCAAGUGUUGGUGGGAUUCCUUACAAUGACCAAGGGAGGACGUUCGAAGUUCGAACCAAUUCGUUACAAAGUUUGCCAAAAUAUAAGGGUCUAGUAACGGAGGAGCCUUAUUUUCAUUUAGAGGCUUAUGAUUCGAUUUGCAACACUAUUGGGGGACAAGGAUUUUCGGCCGGCGAUGUCAAAUUGGUCAUCAUGCCACCCAGAUUUCUUCGCGGUAGAGGCAAAGGACCCGUGUCAGGACAUGAUCACGAGGCCGGGCCGUCGCAUCGACGUACUCCUUCCAUCACCAUGAGCACCAGCCCGCAAGAGCCAUGGAGGCUCUAUGUCGAACCAGGAAGGCGAUCAGUAUCCCUUAGCUCCUCUCCUUCGUACCAACACUCAUUUGGGCCCCAUUCUGAAGACGAGCCCAACAACCAGCCGCCAGCUUUCAUACCUCUUCAGAGAUCCAAUUCUCACCAUUCUUUUGGCGACCCAACACCCGUUUUCCAAAGCCGAUUUAACCCGGCUAACCUUUUGCCAGAACCCGUGGGUUUUAACCCACUUGGGCCGGAAGACCACUUCUCCGGGGAUAACAAUAUGGACGAGGAUACUGACCCUAUGGAGCCUGCUACGGGGACGCCCAACCACCCGAUAGAGAUAUCUGACGGAUCGUCUUUCCACGGAUCGCCUUAUCGUGGUCCAGACAGCUACGAGGAGAGGUUCCGAAACAUUGACUGGUACUUCACCCCGUCUGAACACUCGCAUCAUCAGCAGCAACAGGAUCCUUCGGUGGGUCAACAUACUCCCCAGCCAUCAAGUGGCAGCCAUUAUCCGCCACUUCAGGAGGAAGAGGACCCAUAUAAUGGUGGUCCGUCAAGCCCUAUACCAGAUGUUAACUCAGUACCUGUGGUACCACCUUUGGGUUUCGAUAACCCGAUUCCUGCGUAUGCUGGGUCAGCAGCAUACAACCCAUUCGAGCAUCCGGCGCACACCCACUACAACUACAACUACGGUUAUGCGGAGGUAGAUCCGUAUCAAGUAGCUCGGGACUACAAUGCCCUUCAUCCUGAAGGACCAUAUGGAGGGCCAUGGACUACUGGUUACCCGACUUAUGGAUACCAGCAUCAGCCACCUCCUCCACCAGUGUAUCAGCCGCCACAGCCACAGAUUCAGCAGGAAGUCCUUGAGAGGCUGAGCCAAGUCGAACAAGAGGUUCGUGAAGACCGCAGAGAGCGGCAAGGUUUCUUCAAAGGGCUAUCAGAUUUGCUUAAGGGGAAGUCGAAGAGGAGGGGUCAUUGA